CAUGGCCGCCUCCACAAAUUUCUCGACGUGCGCUUAGCGGCCUGUGCAGCCGCACGACAUUGCGGAUGAGUUUUCGGCAUCAUUAAUUGAAUGUCGCACCUACGGCGUCGGCAUUUUAGGCGGAGGUGAUUUUGCAAAGACAGAACCAACGUGCGCUCGUUGUUCGUCGCUAUGGAGGCCGCUCAGGAGGAACAGCAUCGCUCGAACCGCGAAGGAAAAGCCACCGAGGAGCGCUUAUUGCAGCUUGAAAAACCGGCCCUUGUGGAGCGAAUCCGAAAGCUGGAAAUACAUGUGCAACAGCUGCAAAACCUGCUGCAGUCCAAGGACAAGCCACAGAAGGUGCGGCCGGUCAAGCCGUUUGACUUCACCCGGUUCAAACGUCGGCACGUGGCACUGCGCCUGCUCUACCUGGGCUGGGACUACAGUGGCUAUGUGCUGCAGGAGGACACCGGCCGCACCGUGGAGGCAGCGCUUUUCGAGGCUCUCGAACGCACCCGCCUGCUUGAGGAUCGCACCGACGCGCACUACCACCGGUGCGGACGCACCGACAAGGGCGUCUCUGCCUUCUCCCAGGUAAUCUCCAUUGACCUGCGCACCAAUCUUACGGAAGGCGUCGGGGUCUUUGCUCAGGAGGGCUACCAACCAAGUGAUAGUGCAGAGUCCCGGACGGAAGAGCUCGACUACGUCAAGAUCCUCAACGGAGUUCUGCCACCGGAAAUCCGUGUGCUGGCCUGGGCCCCCGUUGACCAAGCCUUCAGUGCACGUUUCGACUGCCGCCAGCGGACCUACCGGUAUUUCUUCCCUCGCGGCAGUCUAGACAUCGAGAGGAUGUGGGAGGGAGCAACGCUCUUGGUGGGCGAGCACGACUUCCGGAACCUGUGCAAGAUGGACGUGGCCAACGGUGUGACCAACUACAUGCGACGUAUCCUCCGCACCAGCAUAUUCCGGUGGCCACCGUCAAAGCCACCGCUCAUCGCCUCACCAGCUGGUGAGGAAUGGCUCAGACACUGCGCAUUCUGCAAAGACAACCUCACAGGAGACGGCUAUGAUCUGUUUUGCCUGGAGAUAGUGGGUCAAGCCUUUCUAUGGCACCAGGUGCGAUGCAUCGUAGCUGUGCUUCUGCUCAUCGGUCAGCGGCUCGAGGAACCACAGGUCAUAUCGGAGCUGUUGGACGUUGCCAAAAACCCUCGCAAGCCACAGUAUGCCAUGGCAUCAGAGCUGCCCCUGGUGUUGUACGACUGCCAGUUCGAAGGACUGGAGUGGCAGCAGAGCAGCGCCGAGGCAGAGGCUGUUGCCACGCAUCUGCAGGCACUUUGGACGCAAGCCAGAAUCAAGAGUGCGCUGAUGGAGAGCAUGCUGGCCACCCUGCCCGAUGUUCGGAGUCAGCCGCGCUGUCUGCUGGCUCGCGUUGCUCGGAGCCACAAGCCACUCCUCGAAAGGCCACUGUGCGGAAGCCUGGAAGAACGCAUGGCGUCACACGCCAAGCGACGGAAAAUUUGCACAGACGAGCAAGAAGAUAUGGUGGAAUAAAACUACGUGUACAAA